GAUGGAGUCCUGUAAAUUGAGGUGAAAGUACUGGGUAAGUCAAGGUGAUAUUGCAAUGACGGCUUCGCAAUCAAGCAUGCAAGAGCUGCUGAAAAAGUCCCAAUCCGAGGUGGCGACGGCAAUCCUUGAAGAGUUGCAAGGUCAAGCCAAGAGCCUGCCACAAAUUGUGCUGCGAAUCCAAAGGUGCCCCAGAGCGUUACAAACCGGGUCGAAUGCUCCUCACAGCAACUAUGCGUAUGAUCUUGUACUUCCGUACUUGCUCAUAUACCUGUCGGCCGAUCAACAAGCAGAUAUUUCCGUGUCUGCAGACCCAUUUGUGGCAUUUCCAAUGGCAAACUUCCUGAUGUCAAAGGGUUUCAAGGUCGUCCGAGAGACUGAAGAGGCGUUGAAGAAGAGGUCAACAGCUCCAGCUCUAUCCCUCUCGGCUAGAAAAGUCAGUGAUGGGUGAAGCCCUUCAAGGCAGAGGUUCCGGUCGUGAAAUGUGAGGAAGUGCUGGCCUGGUUCAACGACAUUUUGGGAACUUCAGUCAGGAGCAAACUUUGAAGUCUGAAGAAUCCGUUGCCAACAUGGCCUAUGUGAUGAGUUUGUCAUCGCAUAGCAAUGAAUCGGUCAUCUGAGAGAUGCGGUGGUUUGCCACAGUUCUGUGCUGCUGAGCUACUGAC